GGUUGUCUGGCAGCGUGCAGUACUUCAUGUGUCCACUAGAUGGCAGCAUUUCACCGUCCUUCUCCCCAUUGUGACCGUCGUGGAAGCAAAAAGCAGGACCGAACGUUAGCAAGAUAAACUUGCCUGCGUGCACGUCGAAGCUUAGCUUUAGCUGGCUGCUAACAAAGAGACCAAAACGGAAGUGAUCGACGCGUCGCCGAGCAGAGACAAAAGUGUGAAAGUGUUGCGAUUGCGUGAAAAUGUGCAAAGUGCAAAUGCUGAGAGCGCUGAUGAACCAGCGACUAAGUGACGCCGUGGAGGAGAUAUUUGGACUGUUCGAAGUGAUGAUAGCAGAAUACGAGGAGGAACUUUCCCGAACAAAAGAGGAGAACGAGCGACAACGUCAAAUGCUGGACGCUAUUUUCAAACCAGAAGAUGAAUUACAACGAGCAGAUGUCCCUGAUGAAGAUCUUCCUCCUGAGCAGCAGGAGUGGAACUCCAGGGUGGAGCAGGAGGAGCCAGGCCCGCCCCUCAUUAAAGAGGAAGAGGAAGAGGAGGACCUAGAGGCUCACCACGGUGAAGAGAUGGAGACGGCGCCCGCUCACAGUGAGGUGUGGACUCUGGAGGAGGGGGACUUCACCAAGUUCCCGGUGGUCCGAGUCAUUGUGAACAGUGAAGAGGUUGCGGUCCAAGGCGGAAGUGAGAAGAUGGGAGAGGCGGAGCCUCCGAGCAGCAGUAGCUCAACUCAACACAUAAAAACAGAAGAUGAUAGAAACCAGUCGCAGGCAGGCGAGGCUCCACGCUCGGAUAGCGAGGACUCGUCACGCUCCCCCGACUCCGAAGAUGAAGACUCUAAAGCCGACAAGACACGUCCGGCUGACAACAAGAGCUUGAACUGUCCCGUGUGCGGCAAAAUCUUCACCUACGGCAGUUACCUGACAAGACACAUGAGGAAACACACGGGAGAGCAACCGUACAGCUGCUCGGUCUGUGGCAAAGGCUUCUCGGAGAAGGGCAACCUGAUGAAGCACUCCAGAACGCACACCGGGGAGAAACCCUUCUCCUGCACAAUCUGCAACAAGAGCUUCCGCGAGCCGUCGACGCUGAACAAGCACAAACGGACGCACACGGGGGAGAAACCCUUCAGCUGCUCGUUCUGCGGCAAGACCUUUUCGCAGAGCGAACACAUGAAAAUACACACGAGGAGGCACACCGGGGAGAAGCCGUACACGUGCACCGUCUGCAACAAAAGCUUUAUCGAUUGCUCCACCAUGGUGCGACACAUGAGGACGCACCCGGCGCAGUAACAAGAAGACACGCUGGCGAUUACAACCGGCAAAUAAGCUGCAGGACUGACAAUGUGUGUGUCGCUUUGUCUAACAACUUUAGUUUGAGGACAACAGGGAUGACCUCGUCUUUAUUGUAGACAUAUUAUGUAUAACACUUAGCUGUGAUUAAACGAGCACACUUGUUUUCUAGACUAGAAUUAAGUGUCAAAUAUACACCAAAAUAAAUGUCCUCACACAUGU